AUGCUUAGUAAAGCCCCUUCAGCUAUAAUUACCGACGAUGACAAGGCUAUGGCAAAGGCCAUAGCAGAGGCGGAUUAUAGUCUCUUCACUCACACAGCAAAUGACUCCUUCACAGCAUUGCCUGUGCACACCGAUGACAUCAUUUUGGCUAGUUCCACAUUGGAAUCCACAAUUGCCCUUCAAUGCUUUCUCAAUGACCAUUUCCGAAUCAAAUGCCUUGGUGAUCUACGUUACUUUCUUGGAAUUGAGGUUGCUCGCUCUUCAAGAGCCGAUGUCAGUUCUCUUGGCACUUGCCUUCUCAAAUUGUCAAUGGAACAAAAUUUGAAACUUAGUAAGGAUGAUGGACAGCCUCUCAGGGACCUUCUACUUUGUCGAAGACUCAUUGGCCACUUGCUCUACCUCACAAUAACACGGCCUGAUCUCAGUUAUUCUAUCCAAAGGUUAAGCCAAUUUAUGAUAGCCCCCACAUCAUCCCAUCUUCAUGCUGUACACCAAGUCUUUCAGUACGUCAAAGGUGCACCUGGCCAGGGGUUACUCUUCCCUUCCAUCUCCUCACUUAGUCUCCAAGCCUCCUCAGAUUUGGACUGGGCCUCCUGCCCCGACUCCCGUCGGUCACUCACGAGUUUUUGUAUCUUCCUCGAAUCCUCACUUAUAUCAUGGCAAUCAAAGAAGCAAGUUGUUGUUUCUCUAUCUUCAGCCGAAGUCAAAUAUAGAGCCAUGGCUACAACUUCUUGUGAAUUACAAUGA